AUGUGUGUGUUUAUUAUAUAUAGGCAAUCAACAAAUUAUAAUGAACAAAGUGAUGAUGAAAAUGACAAGAAUGACAAAAAGAAACUCAAAAAUGGAUCAUUAAAAGUCAGAUUUCGUUGGUUAAAACCAAGUCAAUAUCAAAAAUCAGACGUGGUGUACUAUAACUCACUUGCUGAUAGCGAUUUUAUUUAUGACGAUGAUGAAGAAUAUGGAUCUGACUAUGAGUCAUCUGCACCUGGAUCAAAAAGAAAGCGUAAAGUUUAUACUCCUCGAUUGGCUGUUUCUCAAGUAACACAAGAAAUGAUAGAAAAUAUUUCAUACUCUUCAUCAGGAAAAGUAUAUAGUCAAUCUGGUACAACUUGUCACCAAUGCAGACAAAAGACUACAGACCAAAAAUCUUAUUGUCGGUACAAGGGAUGUAGUGGUGUGAGGGGAAAUUUUUGUGGAUUUUGUUUGGGAAGAAGAUACGGCGAAGAUGUUGCAGAAGUUUUACGUAAUCCGAAAUGGGCCUGUCCACCUUGUCGUGGAUAUUGUAACUGUAGCAUUUGCAGACGCAGAAAAGGAAAGGCUCCAACUGGGCAAUUAGCACAUCUAGCUGUGGCAGGAGGAUUUCAGUCUGUUCGACAUAUGUUAAGCGAUAUUGAGGGUGAGGAUUCACGUGUGGCAAAAUUUAAAUUUGAUGAUGAAGAUAAUAACCAGAAUGAAGAAGAAAAUAACUGGAAUGAAGCAGAUAAAAAUAAUAUUACUGAAGUUUGCUAUAGCAAUGAACAAAGCAAUCUUGAAAUUCAAGAUGGCGAUGACAAUGUGUCAGAUGAAGUUAAAUGCAUUGACAGUAAUGAGCAAUGCAACUCAGGCAAUCAUGAAGAUGAACGUGUAACUGAGAUUAAAGAAACACAUGAAAUGAUUAUUGACAAACUUUAUAAGCAACUAUUUUCAGAAGAUUAA